CAGGGGCGGACUGACCAUUUGGAAACUCGGGCACUGCCCGAGGGCCCGAGGUCAGUAGGGGGUCCCAUGAGAUGCCCCUGGUACCUUUUCAUAGGCUUUUUUGAGUUUGGGCAAGGACACAGGGGCCCCAUGAUCCCCUAUUGCCCGGGGGCCCCAUGAGUUGUCAGUCCGCCCCUCGAUACCCCCCUCACCACACGCAAGCUCCAGAUCAGUGGCUAGCAACUCAGGGCCACAGUUUCAUGUCUGCUCUG